GACCUCCUUCGACGCCUGAACCCAAAGAACACGGCCGCCAACCUCUCAGCCAUCUGCAGUCUGGUCCCCGAACACGAGGAAGAACUGCUUGCGUCCGUAGAUCAACCUCUCGAAGUCCGUCGCUGCAAAAAGACCGGCCGUGAUUACCUGCUCUGCGACUACAACCGCGAUGGCGACAGCUACCGCAGCCCCUGGAGCAACGAGUUCGACCCUCCCGUCGACGACGCAGAGAUGAGCUCCGAGCGCGUGCGCCGUCUCGAAGUCCGCGCAAACGAAGCCUUUGAUGUCUACCGCGAGCUGCGGCACUUCCUCCGUCUACCUGUGGAACCUAGACGAUGGCUUUGCAGGUGUGGUACUGCUCAAGAAACCGCUGCUUCGGGCGCUUGGGACAGCAUCCACGUUCUCGAGGUCGCCGAGCGCGGCCGUACCGCAAAGUACAAGCUCACAUCUACCGUCAUCCUGAACCUCGGCACCAAGGGCGAUGCUCUGGGUAGCCUCGAUCUCGCUGGCAACAUGACCAGACAGGUGGAAGCAGAUAUGCCCGUCGAUGCCGACGAGACCCAUGUCGCCAACAUCGGCAAGCUCGUCGAAGACAUGGAGCUCAAGAUGCGCAAUUUGCUGCAGGAGGUCUACUUUGGCAAGGCAAAGGAUGUUGUUGGCGAUCUAAGAAGCAUACCGCCGCUCUCAGAGGCCAACCGCGACAGAGCAGCCCAACGUGAAAUGAUCAGCAGCAUGGGCCGA